GUUAUUUAUUUAAUGUCGGGAUUAACAGCGCGCAGCCUGGCCUGGUCCGUCCCUCAGCCCCGGAGCGACGUCGCCUCUCUCCCCGCCCCGGCUGGGCCCGGUUAGGCGGCGAUCGGGGACGCUUUUUAAAAAAAUUUAUUCAUCGGUUGAUAUCGUUGUGUGUGGCGGGAGGGGGGAGGGAGGGGGUCUCGGGCAUGAAGAAAUUCUUCGACGCGCGGCGGGAGGCGGCGGGCUCGGGCUCGGGCGGCGGCGGCAGCGGCGGCGGCUCCGGCUCCUGCCCCGGCAGCGGCUUCAUCGGCCGCGUCUUCAGCGUGGGCCGCCAGCAGGUCACGGUGGAGGAGGUGGUGGCUGAAGGUGGUUUUGCCAUAGUAUUCCUGGUGAAGACACACAAUGGUGUUAAAAGUGCACUGAAACGAAUGUACGUCAACAAUGAACAUGACCUGCAGGUGUGCAAGAGAGAAAUCCAGAUAAUGAGGGACCUGGCAGGGCAUAAGAACAUUGUUGGGUAUGUUGAUUCCAGCACAACGGCUGUAGGUUCUGGAGAAGUCUGGGAAGUGCUGAUCCUAAUGGAUUUUUGUCGAGGAGGUCAAGUGGUGAACCUGAUGAACCAGCGGUUACAAACAGGAUUCACUGAAAACGAGGUAUUGCAGAUAUUUUGUGAUACCUGUGAAGCAGUCGCAAGGUUGCAUCAGUGCAAGACCCCCAUCAUUCACCGAGAUCUAAAGGUUGAAAAUAUAUUGCUUCAUGACAAAGGGCACUAUGUCCUCUGUGACUUUGGAAGUGCAACCAAUAAAUUCCAGAAUCCACAGGUUGAAGGAGUCAAUGUCGUAGAAGAUGAAAUUAAAAAGUACACAACUCUAUCCUACCGAGCUCCUGAAAUGGUAAACCUUUACUGUGGCAAAGCUAUCACUACAAAGGCUGAUAUAUGGGCACUUGGAUGUUUACUGUACAAACUCUGUUUUUUUACACUACCAUUUGGAGAAAGUCAGGUUGCAAUCUGUGACGGGAACUUCACAAUUCCAGAUAACUCCAAGUACUCCAGCGAGAUGCACUGCCUAAUAAGAUUCAUGCUUGAACCAGACCCUGACAAGAGACCAGAUAUUUAUCAGGUGUCUCACUUUGCAUUUAAACAAAUUGGGAAGGAGUGCCCUGUGCAGAACGUCUGUAACUCUCCCAUUCCAGCAAAGCUUGUUGAGCCAGUAAAAGCGAGUGAAGCUGCUGCUAAGAAGACACAGCCCAAGGCGAGGCUUACGGAUCCAACUCCUCCCACUGAGACCUCAAUAGCUCCUCGCCAAAGGCCCAAAGCUGGGCAGGCUCCAGCCAACCCAGGAAUGCUGCCAAUUCAACCCUCUCUGACACCACGAAAGAGACCGUCUGCUCAGGCAGUUGCACCACCAGCAGGUGUUGUUCUCAGCACUGCUCACAAUAAUCAACCCCCUGGCCUACAACAGUCGAAACCUCAGCUGCAGCAGCCACAACUGUUGCUGCAACAGAAGCAGUCCCAGGCAGCGGCACAGCAGAAGCAGGCACAGCCCCAGCCUCUGCCACAAGCAACAGUGCAGCAGAAACUGCCUCCAGCAGCAGUGCAGCCUCCGCCAGGGCCACAGCAAACACCUGUGCAACCACAGCUCUUCCUCCAGCAAUCACAACUUCUGCAGCAGCAACAGCACUACCAGCAGCAGCAACAGCAGCAGAUGAUGGCUCAGCAGUACCACGCCAUACAGCAAGCUCAGCAACAAGUAAUGCAACAUCAGAUGAUGCAGAAUUUCUAUCUCCAGCAACAGCAGCUUGCCACAGCCAUGCAACAGAUGCAGUAUGUGAGCCAGCAGGCUGCUAAUGCUCAGCCGCAGCUGACGGCAGCACACCCGCAACACACACCAUUGCCCCUACCACAGCAACAUGCUGCAGGUGCACAAGCAGCCUCUCAGGAACAGGGAAUGACUCAGAUUCAGCAGCAGCAGCAGCAACAGCCGCCACAGGUGGCACCAAACCAGUCUCCAAAAAUGGUGCCGGUGUCUGUGACUCCUCCGUCGUCCCCCAAGUCUCAGCGUGCCGGGCACAGGAGGAUUCUGAGUGAUGUCACGUACAGUGCAGUAUUUGGGGUUCCAGUCAGUAAAUCAACCCAGCUCCUGGCUGCCGCGGCCGCAGAAGCUGGUUUAAACAAAUCCAAGUCAGCUACCACAACUCCCUCAGGUUCUCCCAGGACCUCCCAACAAAAUGUGUACAAUCCUCCUGAUGUUUCUACAUGGAACCCAUUUGCUGAUGACAAUUUCUCCAAACUCACUGCAGAGGAGCUACUCAACAAGGACUUUGAAAAGCUCAAAGAUAGUAAGGUUGAGAAGACUGAUACCACUACUGAGAGUCUAAUGCCGGGGCUUCCAUCCACUCAGGUCCAGGUGCAGGCAGAUGCUUUUGGAAUAGAUCCCUUUGUCUCUGGGCCAGUUGGCUCAGCUGAAAAGUCUUCAGAACUGUUGGUUCCAGAUGCUGCCAUCCCGCCAAUUAACGUACCUGAUCCCUUCACUCCUGUGUCAUCUGAGCCGCCAGAAAAGCUCAUAGAAGGUCUGAAGUCCCCUGAGACUUCAUUUCUGCUUCCUGACCUUCUAUCUCUUGGUGACCCCUUUGGGAGUACCGAGGAUAAUAUCAAUGGAAAGUCUGAGAUAGUGGUGGGAAAUCUCAUACCUGGAUUUGAGUCUUCAAAGCCUCAGCAACUGGCACCACUGCAGGUGGAAGCUUUGGGUGCUGUGGCCGUUAUAAAUGCUUCAGAUUCUCUCACUGGAGAGGACUCCAUUCUUGACUACUCUCUCCUCUCUAACCCAGUGACUGAAAUUAUUGAUGAAUUUUCUCCUGUAGUUUCAUCUGGGCAGGUUAAGCAAGAGGAUACUAACCUCAUCUCAGACUUUGAUCUUUCUAUUAAAAAUGACAAAGUGGAAGAUGAUGAAUUUGACCCCAUUCCUGUGUUGUCAAAAAAUUCACAAGGUGGUCAUUCUAGAAACAACAGUGGGAGCUCUGAAUCCAGUCUUCCCAACUUAGCUAGGUCUUUACUGCUUGUGGAUCAACUGAUAGACCUGUAGGAUGGCCCAGCAAGCACGUUAAGUUCAGCAGCCCUCUGCACCGGCAUUUUCAUCUCCCUGUGGAUUUCCCAUUCAACCUGUGACAAGGUUUCACUGACUGAGGAAAUAAGUUACAUUUUCAUUUUGUUAUCUUGUCAUUGUGUCCUAUCUAAUGAGCAUAACCUGACAAUUUUUCCCAUUUUUGAAAUUGAUAUAAUUUUGACAUUUUCAGCAAAACUAGUCUUUUUUAAGACUGUGUCCUUUUCAAAGUAAAUUGUGAAAACUUAGAAAGGAUAGAUGGGCACUAAUUUAAUUUAAAGAAGAAUGUACAAAACUGAAACAAACAAUUGUGGUUUAUUUCCUAGUCCCAACUCUUAAACAAAAUGGAUUUUGUUUUCUCAUGCUAUUAAAUCAAUCUCUUUGUGGAAAAAUUAGUGGGGAAUGCACUGGGAAAGAUCAGUGGAUCUUUUUAGAACACUUUCCGUUAACAAGUCAAGUCAGUGAAGGCAUUGUUGGAUACAGGAAUGUGAUUUGUCUGGUUUCUGUAUUGGACUGCAAGUCUUGAGCAAUAUAUGUUGAAAACUAACAGUGUUAGAGUGAGGGAUUGAUGUGCAAUCACUAAUUUCAGUAUAUUAUUGACUGUGUCCUUGCUUUGGUGAAAUUAUUAGGCACUUGACACUAUUAGUCUUUCCACAGACAAAAUCUGUGGGUUUAGUUAGAUUGAAAAACCCUGAGAUGUAUUGAUCCUAUUAGUGUGGAAGUAGCUGAGGUAUGGGCAAAUCUGGAUUUGAUGAAUGUUGAAAUUCUCUGAAAGUCCAGUCUACCCAUCCUUGUAUUAUAGAGAAAGAUUACAAUCAACACAGCCUCACCGAGGAAGUUGAAAACUGUUUCUGAUGCAAUUUUUUUUUAAAAGUAUAACAAAGGGCGACCAAAUAGGGACUUUUGAUGCAGUUGUGGAAGUUGAUAUCUGCAGUGUGUAGAGGGAUGAUGUGAAAUUUGGAUCCAAAUAAUUCCCCAGUGGAGCCUAUUUCUUAACAUCAUUUAGAAUCUUAUGAAGAAAUAUGAUUUUAAAUCAUUCAUAAUAGGCGAGAAUUUUGGUUCCUACCUUUCUUCCUUGCACUCUUAUCUCCAAUGGCAUGUAGUUUUGUAACAUGCAUGGAGUAUUCCAAACCUCUAUCUGCAAUUGUGACAUCCUUUGUCUUCCCUUUCAUCAAAUAUAGUUCAGAUUUUUGGCCUUCUCUGAAGUUGAAUUGAUUUGAAGCUAGCCAGCUUUAUAUUUUUUAAAAAAACAUGUUAUUGAGUGAUUCUGUAAAUUAAGUGGUUUGAAAUGAGGCAUUAUCAGAAAAUAACCAUAACUUCAACCGAGUUAAGACUUGCUUUGCACUGUAACCCAAAAGUGGUAUGACCUUCUUGUAAUUUUUGACACGAUUCAAAAUGUGACUGAUCAAAUUCACUAUGAAUUAUUUGGUUGUGAUAAGUUGCCCAAUUUUCUUUUCCUGAUUACUCACUCACUUUGGAGAGUAGUAUGAUGCCACUUUAAUUUUGGAGGCUCUUCUGUGGAAGAUGGUUGGUGCAGUAACUUUAGAGUUUUCAACUGGCAGCCACCAGAGCAGUGAGACUAGAUUUCCUCACUUCACCUGCUUCUAUAGAUUGGACUACUGCUGGAGAUCUUUGAUGAUUCAGUGUUAACUGUACCUUUACAUCGGACAAUGUAUACUCCUCUCUACGUCAGACAAUGUAUACUUCUCUCUCUUCAUGAUCUCUUCUCCAGCUCUGAUUUUAUGAACUGGAAGAAUUAGAGUUAAAACAGUUCAAGGCGUAAUCAGGAAAUAAUGAAAGAUGUGAAACAGAACACAAGUAACAAACUUUUUUUGAAAAAGUUAACCAAGGCCUUUGAAGAUAGUUCGUAUCAUAAGCUUUAAGAACUGGUUAUCUGGAGAGAAAAAUAGUGAUUUGAGAUAAAAAUGUUAAUGGAACUGAUAAAAAAGCAAUAAGAUUGAAGUAAAAAGAAAGUUAACUUAAAACUGUAAUCUUUGAAGAAAAGUAUAAGGAAUGAAAUUUAAUUUUGGGCAGAACCUGCAGAUUAUUUAGACACAAGAGACUUCAGAUGCUGGAAUCUGAAGCAACAAACUGUCUGCUGGAGGAACUCAACAGGAUGAGCAGCAUCUGUUGGGGGGGGGGGGGGGGGGGAAGCAGGGUGCGUAGAACGCAGAAGUAAUUGUCAAUAUUUUGGGCCAAAAUCCUGCAUCAGGACCUGCUUCCUGAGUUCCUCCAGCAGAUUGUUCGUUGCUGCAGAUAACUUAUUCACGAACAGCAUUGCUCUUGAUAUUUCUUGCACUGUGCUUUCAAUCAAAUAUUACGGAAUCACAGAAUGGUUACAACAUGGAAGGAGACUAUACGACCUGUCAAGUCCAUACAGGUUCUAUGCAAGAACAGUUCAGCAGGUCUCAUUUUCCCACCUUCUCCCCACAGCUCUCCAAAUUCAUUUUAGGCUCCCUUUUGAAUUCUACAUUUGAAUCUACUUCCACUACCAGGUAAUGCAUUCCAAAUCAUAACAACAUGCUGUGUACUUUUUAAAUCUUCAUGUCACUUUUGGUUUUCUUUUGACAAUCGCCUUUAUUCCAUGUUCCCUAGUUUUUGAUCCCUCUACCAAUGAGAACAGUUUCUUUUCCUUGAUUCUGUCUAGAUCCUUCAUGAUUUUAGUUACCUGCAUCACAUCUCUGACUAACCUCUCCUGUUUCAAAAAGACAACCCCAUCUUUACCACUCUAAACAUAUAGUUAAUGUCUUUCAUCUCUGGAAUCAUUUUAGUUAAUCUUUUCUGCAUCCUUUCUGAAGCUUUCACACCUGGCAUCCCAAACCAAACACAAUUGUGGCCACACUGGUAUUUUGCAAAGGCUCAUUAUGGCUUCCUUGUUCUUGGAGUCCAUUGCCUCUGUUUAUAAAGCGUGGGAUCUCAUGUGCUUUAUUUACCACCUCCUCAACCUGUCCUCCUGUUUUCAGUGAAAUAGGCACAUUAUAUCCCCAGAUCUCUCUGUUUUUGUACCAUUUUAGAAUUGUGCACUCCAGUGUAUACUGCCUCCUCUCCUUUCUACUAAAAUGUAACAAUUUGCAUUUCUCGACAUUUGAGUUCCUCUGCCACCCAUUUGCACAUCCUACCAGCCUGUCUCUAUCUCUGUGACCUUGCAGUAGUGUAGGGGACAUUGUGUUGAAAGCCAAAGCUGAAUGGAAAAGCUUGAGGAGGGGUUGCAUUACUACAUUUGGUGUUUGGGAGACUGAACAGGUGAUCAACUUGAAACAUCUAACGUAAUAGUGGAAUCUAGUAGUCAGUAGUCAAAAGCAAUAGAGUUCCCAAUUUCCUUGUGUUACACCUCACUAGCCUCCACUUUCAAAAGAUGACAAUUUGUUAUUGUCACUUGUACCGAGGUACAGUGAAAAGCUUGUCUUACAAACCGAUUGUACAGGUCAGUUCAUUACACAGUGCAGUUACAAUGAGUUAGUACAGAGUGCAUUGAUGUAGUACAGGGAAAAACAAUAACAGUACAGAGUAAAGUGUCACAGCUACAGAGAAAGUGCAGUGCAAUAAGGUGUGAGGUCACAACAAGGUAGAUCGUGAGGUCAUAGUCCAUCUCAUUGUGUAAGGGAACCGUUCAAUAGUCUUAUCACAGUGGGAUAGAAGCUGUCAAGUCUGGUGGUACGUGCCCUCAGGCUCCUGUAUCUUCUGCCUGAUGGGAAAGGAGAGAAGAGAGAAUGUCCCGGGUGAGUGGGGUCUUUGAUUAUGCUGACUGCUUCACCAAGACAACGAGAGGUAAAGACAGAGUCCGAAGAGGAGAGGCUGGUGUCCGUGAUGUGCUGGGCUGUCACUGCUAAAUGGACUUUGCUUUGGAAGGCUGAAGAGCUGAAACCUUUUUCCUCUCCAUGUAUACGACUUGAUCUGAUGAAUAUUUCUACCAUCCUCUGUUUUUAUGUGAGGUUUGGAAGGACGUGACUUUUUUUUUGUUUUUGUCCUUGACCUUAUUAGUACUUCACCUGCCCACCCAUCCUGGCUCAAACUUGAGAAAAAACAUGGUCUCGGAGUGUUCAGGGUCCACACUGAUGACUCAGUCUUGAUGUUUGUGCAAAUCAGCCACACUUAGCUGCAGAGCACAAUAAGUAGCUGAAGUGAAAGAAUGCUGUGGUGGUCUGUUCCCAGUGCAAUGCUUCAGUUUUGUCCUUGGAAUCAUGGCUCACCCAGUGGAAUUAUUCGCAAGGCCACUGAUGUAAACUUAUGAAUGUUGCAUCCUGGUAUACCAGCAGGAAUCAGCUGUAAUAAAGGGAAUGACUUUUUGGUCACUAAAAAUCAGAAACUCCAAUAAACGGAUGGAAUUGCAGGAUUCAAUAGCUCAAAUCCCCAGAAUUUGAGAAUUCUGUUUGAUGAACGUUGAGUUUAAUAUAGUCUGAUGCAGUAAAUUAGUGUGUAUUUGAUUAUAUUUGCAUUAAUGACUUCUGUCAACAAAUUUUAUGGUUGAAGCAAGACAGUAAAUGAAUGUGUGAAAAUAAUGUUUCAGUUGUAUCCAGUCCACUUAAUGACUCUCAACAUCUGGGCAAAUUUAAAUUUAGAGAAGUGACCUCUUGUUGACUGUUUUUAAUGUGCAAGAAAUGACAGGUUAGCUGACCUCAACACAUCCACAGUAUUGAAUAAUGAAAAUGUCAGUGAUGAGACUGUUUUUCAUUUGCCAAUAAUUAUACUUCAAAGUUGGAUUUCUGUCAGCAAUUUAGUGUAAUAGGAAAUGGCAUAGUGAAAUGGAAUUUUGUAUUUGGUUCAUGAAUCUGUCCAGAAACUGAAACAUUGAAAAGGUGGAUGAGUGUUCAGAGGGAAAAAAACUCCCUUAAAUUUAUCCUGUUUAUAUUUUGUAUCUUGAACAUGAAAGGUAUGUACAUCUGUACUGAGUAUUUAAAGUAACAUAAGCUCUUGCAUUUGCAGUCACUUCUUUAUUAGUUGCAAGCAUUCAAUACUCUGUGCAAAUAACAUGUGUAUCGUUUCCUUGCAGCUCCUUUCAGUAGAAUUUCAUGUACAGGCUGUCCCUGGGUUAAGAACACCCGACUUAUUGCCACCCCAAUCUAUGAAAGAACUCCCAUAAUAUUAAAUUCAAAAGUCCUUCAUACAUACAUGUGUUCAUUCCUACAAAUGGCAGAACUAGUUUCCUCUUCUAUCAGACUUAACUGCUUUUGAUGCCAUUCGUUACAAUACUGUGGAGGUACGGUUACCUUAUUGAGUGAUGUUUGUGUAUUUGCCGACUUAUGGACAAAAUCGACUAAUGGAUGUCUGUAAAAGCGGAACCUGUUCAUUACCCCAGGAUAGCCUGUAUUGGUAAUGCUCUGAGAUAACCUAACCAUGCAUGACGUUACAUUUAUCAAGGCCCAAUGUUAUUCGCCUUUCUGUGAUCUAGUAAAGUGGUGAGCUUAAUCCUUUUGUUUUAGCUUUUGCCCCUCCUACUAUCUCAAACUUCUCAGAUCUACUGAUCAUAUUGGGACUGAUCCCUGGGGGACAUAACCAUUAUAUUUGAGGAUUUCAGCCAUUUCCUAAACCAGCAUCACAAAUCCCAACUCUUUCACCAAGGCUCCAGCUUGUGAAAUAACCUAAUGUGAGGCUUCAUCAGAGUUUCAUUGCAUAAUAUAUUACCAGAUCUUGCUCAUGAAGUAACCAAACUACUACUUAAAGAUAUAAUUUGUGUUGCUAAGACAAAACCUUUUCCAGAAGCAUCUCUAACGGCUUCCUCUCUUCGCAAAUAAUUCACGGGCAUCUCUUGAGUUUGCCCAUUGGACCUGUAGUCUAAGAAUAUUUACGUGUCUUGUGUAAGAAUGAUGAAGGAAAUGGGUCUUUCCUGAUGUUCUUGACUAGACCAAGUUAGCCAAUGUCAUGGCAGGAGUUCCUAGUAACCAUCUCCACUUGCCUAUGUAUUGUACAUUGCAUAUAAUACACAUGGUGUAUUGAUCUAUCAUUGGGAAAGAAUAGAUAAGUGGUGUGUUCAUGAAUGGUAUACUCUACAUGUGCGCUGUUUGUGCCAGUUUGAAAUCCAAAAUAAAUUUAGCAUUGAAUAUCCCAUCUGGCAUAUGUAUGACAUCCUCUCCAAUAUCUGCUUUUUUUCUGUAUUGAAUUUUAAUGAUUCUACUAAUGUAACACUUGCUUCUUUCAACUGUCCUUCUCACCCACCUCCUUAACACUGCCUCCUCCCAGGCCAUUGGAUGACUCUGAAAUAUGUAUCAAUUAUACAGUGCAAGUUGUGAAUAUGUUUUCAGCAUUUGUGAGUAGUGAAGUAAGAUGUAUCAAAAAUUAUAAACUCUACGCUAUAGAUUUGCAUCCUAAAUGCACUUUGAUGCAUUCUGCUAUUUCAAACAGUUCAGAAUUCUGCACCGCUUUCUUCAGACCGAUUGUAAAUAUAUGCUGUUUUCUGUCUGUCAAAUCUUAAUUAGUUUAUUAAAAAAAUAAGUAGUAUGCAAAAAAAUUUAAUCCCAACUGUACGGUCAAAAUUGGACAUUACAAGGAAAAUAUAUUUAACAGUGUCUCAUGUAAUUUGAACCGUGCUUUGACAGGGAAGAUGAUGUAGCUGAAGUCUAUGAAAAUGACUUCCAACCUUUACACUUAAUGCUGAUUUUGCAAGACAACAGGUUCAAAGCCUGUUUGCCCUUGCAAUGCACCAAAUGAUGCAUUUGUCAGAUCAGACCGGUAAUACCAACACACGUUGAUGUAUAGCACUGCUGCACAAUAUGCCUGCUGAUCUGUGUAGUGGCACUGUUAAAAUAAGUGAUAAUGGAUUAGAUCCACAAUGUGUUAUGUGGAACAAGGGCUUGCAUUGGCCUUGUUGCUGUCCUGACGUAAAUAGAUUUUCCUCCUGGCCUCACUGUUGUGGGCAGUAGCCAAAUCACCCUGGCCAUCCAACUGCUGUCAGUCCGAAUAUCCCACGUGCCAAACACUGCCACUGCAAGGGUAAAUUUGUUAAGAAAAUUCAAAACUGUGAACCAGUGCUUACAUAUUUCUAUUUCCUCCUAUGCAAUGCAUUGCAUUUCACCAACUCCCUCUCCCAGCUACAGGGGACAAGCUGAAAAGGAAACAGGGUGUUGCUCAAAAUCUCACUGUUGGCCGGUCCACAGAGCAAUGCUGAUAUUGGCACACCACUGAGCUCCUACCAGCUGGCACACUAAAUUCCAAGCAGCCCACCACAUUGAAAUGACAGGAACUUGGAGAUCAAAAUAUGUAUCAAUGGAAAGUAUGUUGUACAUUUGUUCUCUUUUAAUAUGAAAAGCCUCCUGAUGGAGAUCAUUCCCGUAAUGAAAAAUUCCUGAAGAAUGAGUUUCUAAUGUAACAGUAUCCAGAUAGCUUUAUUCUAUAGAUAUUUGAUGCAUUUUUUUUCAGUUCAGAAUACAAGCUUAUACCAUUUCAUGUUUGUAUUUUAUUUCAAUGAUUAAUGAAUUUCCUGCUCUGAUUACUUACAUUCCUUAAAACACUGCACGAAGCUACAUUUUUCUUGUUACCAAUAAUGUCUGUCUUGUUGUAACCUCAAGUCUUAUCUUUGUAACCUGUACUUAUUUCCUUGUUCCUUUUGCUUCCAACAGAACUAAUUUUGCUUUUCCGUUUCCCAAUUGAGAUAAUGUACAUUUGAACUGCCUGUAAAAAAAAAUGCUGUCUCUUCACUCUGGGGUUAAUGUGUCGCCAACCUAUGCAACCUGUGUUACUGUAGUUUCUAAUCAUUGUGGGUUAACAAGUAGGUUUCUUAAAGAUCAGUCUUUUUUCCCUUUUUGGUUUUAUAUUCAUACAAGUAAAAAUAUACAAUUGUGAGUUGUUAUUCCAGCUGCAGUAUUGUGCAAUUCUAGUGUAAUGUGAUGUCUGUUGUUACAAGCACUUUUCAAAACCUAAACCAAGGGAGGUGCUGUGGUUUAAUUAAAUUUUAAAAAAUGGUUUCAUUUAAAGGGUCUACUAAGAUCAGUGCAAGAACCAACUCUACACUGGUUUUGUAACAAAACUAGGGCAGCAAUUAUAUAACUGCUUCAAGAGGCUUUGAUUUGCUUUGAUUUUACUGUGAUUUUCAAAGCUUCAGUAUCUCUCUCUUUCUCUCUCUCUCUUUCUCUCGCAUUCACAUGCACUCAUGCAUACAGACUGUGUGUUUUAUUUCUCUCCACACGAAUGCUGCUUCUGUAAUCUCCAAUUCAGGCAUUGAGAGUGCACCUUGUUUAGUUAUCUCUUUCUCCCCCCUCUGGGGAUUUGUUUCUGUUUUAAUGCUUCCUAAGUGUGUAAGCUAUCACACAUGGUGUGACACUGCCAGGCAAAAUCCCCAUCCUGUGUUAAGUAUAUUUCCAGAAGUAGCGGAGGCGCAACUGCGUAAUAUGCGAUCUCACCCCCACCCCUCCCAACUUCUCAGAUUCCAUCGUGGCCUUCUGGCCAAAACUCAAUUUUGCUGUAAAAACUGAAGGCUUGUGUAAACCCCCUAAAGGAGAGAUGCUCCAGCUUCUAGUUUCUGCAGUCAGAACACAUAUUGGCAUGCUUUUUAGUAGUUUGCAUUAAAUGGUGCAGAAGAGUGAGUUUGCAGCAUUAUUGAGCAGAGUAAAGCUACAAAUCAAAGCAGAGUAUUUUUGUACAGAUUCUAGUGUCUAAAGGGGGGUCUUGCUGAUGACGACGUUGUAUCUAUACUUCAUAUUGUAAUGUAUCCAAGUGAUUCAUUUUCCCAAUAAAUAAUGUUUUGAUGCACAUAUC